CUGACCUCCAGGUCAGCUAAUUAAAAGGCGGUGCGAAGUGGAGAGAAGAGGUUGCGGAGGGACGGGCUGCUAAUUGGAUCUUUCCUCCCCGCCCCUAAUCCCACUCUCCGCGGCUUGGUAGGUCUUUGCCCCGGGCGGCCAAUAGCCGCGAACACGCGCGGGGGAACUGCUGCUGCUGCUUUUUUUCAGCCUUGGUUCAGCUUCCCCAAAGGCUCUUUCCUCGUCUCCCCCCCUCCCGAGGGCGGGUGGCCCAGCCAGUCGGCGAAGAGAGGAGGAGGUGCGGAGGUGCCAACGCAUCCCUCGCUCAGGCGCACCAGGGAGACCGGCUGCAGACCAGCGAGGCAGGCCCUGGAGGUGCUUAGCGCGCGGUUUCCAGAUCCAGGAGCUGAUCGGAGGGCAAAAAGCCCGCUUUUCUUCUAGGCUUUCUCUGAGAAUCAUUGCAGCAGCCCUGAGGAUGUUUCUGCUUGGCUCGAUAAGGCUGCUGUUUUUGCCGGCUCUUCUGGGCAUGGUCUUUUCAGCUCCUGCUUCACAGAGUAAAGAAAAAGAACAACCCCAGGAGAUAGUUCUAAGCUUUCCAAAGGAUGAAACUAGCCUGAAUGAAAUGCUCCAGGAAGUCGAGGAGUUGAUGGAGGACACUCAGUACAAGCUGACCAAUGCGGUCAAAGAG